CGUGAUAGCAAAUCAUGGAGUCGUCGCUCAAGAGCGGAGCCACAGAUUCAACUGGCAAGUCCUCGGCAGUAAGCUGGGGCACCAACACAAACACACCAGCCUGAAACCAAGGUGGCGGGAAUGGAAACAACAAACCAAAGAACGGAGGGAACCAGUCAAGGAAAAAUAACAACGAAAACAGCUCCUCCAAGAAAUUUACAGGACACAACCAAGAUGACCUCAAGGGGUAUGUACUGACAGAAAUGUCCACAACACAGGACUACACUGCAUUCAAGGAGCGUGUAGAGGAAGAUCCAUAGAAACCAUGAGCACACUCCGGCUUGCAGACUUUGCGCCAAGGAAGUCCAAAGAGGCAGACUGGAUGAUCCCAGACACAAACAAACCAGGAUAUAAGAAGGUCGUGGAUGAAGACCUGAAGGCCACAGCGAACAAGAUAUAUGAGGCACAGAUCGGGGAAGUAGCAAAAGAACUUCUACGAUAUCAAAGGGACAUGGAAAAGAUGUACAAUGUUGUACUCGGACAAAUUGACAAUGGACUCAAGGAGAAGAUCAAGGCCCAUGAUAAGUGGGACACGGCUAGCAAAUCCAAGUGUGUCAUCACUCUCCUAUCCAUCCUCCGGGACAUUUGUUUCCAAGGAAACAGAACAAAGGUACACCCGCCUUUGAACUUCAUUCGCGCUUUGCGAAAACUCAUAUGCACCAGACAAAGGACCACCAACGACUGUGCGGGCUACGUAAAGUCCACCAUCGAGGCCUAUGAAGUUUUUAAGUCGCUUGGUGGAUCCAUUGUAUGCCCAGCGCUAACAAUGCACUUACUAGACGACAGUAAAGACAUAUCCUACACCGACUACACCGAGAUGUCACCCGAGGAACGCUCACUGAUCGACAUUCAAGUAGAGCAAUGUUUCCUUGCAGCACUCAUAAUUGAAGGCAGCGACACUGAUACAAGCACAUUAAAAGAGACCCUGGAGAACGACUACUGCCUUGGCACCAAGAACUACCCAACCACAACUACCAAGGCCCUCGACAUGCUUAACCACUUCAAAAACACAAAGAAACCCAAUCGCUCCUCCUCCAACAAGUCUCAAAGCAAUAGUAACAAGCACCGCAACCAGAAGAGGCAACUAUCCAGCAACGAGGCAGCUGAAGACUCCACUACACUCGUAACCAAAGGUGAAACACCCAAUCCGGCCGAACUUAACAGUCGCCAACUCCUGCUCAACGCUAUCGCCAGGGACGACGUAUUCGAAAGCGAUCACUUCAGUUUUUUCCAGUACGGUGUCCUCUCUGAUGCACAGCAGCACAGCAACUCUGAUCACUCCUCACCACCAGUGGUCAGUGACCCCGACAACUGGAUGUACUGGAACGCACACAAUUGGUCCCCUUCACCAGACAAUAAUGAUGACUCAUCCGCUUGUAGUUUUGAUAACCGUACUGAACAUAGUAGCAACACAUCAGCCCCAUACACAGUUCGCACUGCAUCAGAACAAGCAUCGCCCGGCCAUGAUAUGCAUGCAUCAAUUCCACCCGCGUCAACAGAACUUCCCACUACCGUAGAAUUCUGUACUCCAAACGAAGAUAUUUCUACGCUCACCUCUGUGUUCUUGCCGCCUCCACCACACCGCUGGAGGAGUGAGACCCCCCAACGCGCUGACGAUUACAUGGACCUCAUAGAUCUAUUUGAUCCCCCUCCGCACGCCGAAGGACAGACCAACGAUGCAGAACAGCAACAGCAAGAACCCAGGAGUGGUGCCAGCCAUGCACCAACAAUCAAGGAGUGGAACAACGCAGUAAAUGCCAAACAGACAACCAAUUUCAAAUACAGUGAACCCGUACAACGACUGCUGGCACAACACACAACAGGAGCAGUCGAUCCAGCAUGGAUACUAUUGGAUAGCGAAUCCUCAAUCAACCUCAUCUGUAACAAAGCAAUGGUCAAGAACAUCCGUGUGUCCCCAAACGCCCGCUACAUGAAUAUUCACUGCAACUCAGGAGUGGCAAGGACAAACCUAAUAGCAGAACUUCCCGGCUUUGGAACUGUAUGGUUCUAUGAAAAAGGAAUUGCAAACGUACUAUCACUGGCGCUCGUAACUGACCGGUAUCGGGUGACUAUGGACUCAGCAGUAGACAACGCACUGCAUGUUCACCGACGCAGUGGACACGGGACCCGCAGGUUUAAAAGAUCCCAAUGCAACCUGUACUAUAGUGAUACAAAACAAGACCAUUUGAACGUACUUGCAAUCACCACAAGUAAAGGAAUCAAGGAGUUGUAUUCAAGCCUGGACCUACGCAGAGCAAGAAAAGCAAGGGACCUGCAAGAAAGACUGGGUCUGCCAACCACGGAGGAUUUCAUACGGGUAAUAGACAACAACCUAAUCAAGAACAUUGCGGUAACUAGGAGGGACGUGAAGAUGAUGGGGGAGAUCUAUGGACCACACGCAGGAGUCGUCAAAGGGAGAACAGUGCGUCGAACACCUGGACACGUGCGUGAGGACAUAACAGAAGCACCACAAUCAAUACUAGAUAAUUACAGCAACAUUGUCCUCUGCAUCGAUAUAUUCACGAUCAAUGGAGUGCAGUUCUUGCAUUCAAUAUCGCGACAUAUAAGAGCACGCACCGCUAAGGCAAUUGCGGACCAAAAGAAGCCAACCCUCAUGCGAGCAGUAAAGGCGAUCAUUGGACAUUACAUUUCCCGUGGGUUCAAGGUCACUCAAAUACACGGAGACAACCAAUUCAAGUGUCUCAGGGACGAUUUGCUGGGAAUGAAGCCUCCAAUACAGCUGCACUGUGUGCCGGCGGGACAACAUGAGCCCACCGUUGAACGAAGCAAUCGAACAGUGAAGGAAAAUGUGAGAAGUAUAUUCACCAGCCUGCCCAUAAAACGACUGCCAAAGAGGUGUCUAAUAGAGUUAGUGUACGCAGUCACAUUCUGGCUCAACUGUAGAACAACGGGAGUGUCCCCAACAAUAUCAGCACGUGAGCUGUUAACAGGAAAUGUGUUUGACGCUAAUGAAGUCCGAUUUCAGUACAUGGAAUACAUACAGGCUCACCACAGAGACACUGACAACACCAUGAAACCCAGAGCCGACAACGCCGUCUAUAUGAGGCCAACUGGAAGCCUGGCUGGAGGAUUCUUUGCCUAUGACGUGAAUACAGGACAGCUCAUUCGCCGACAGACCGGAGUGUCACUGCCAAUGCCGGAUGCUGUCAUUAAGAGGCUCGAAGGGAUUGCAAAAGCUGAAAGCAUGCCGCAAGGACUCGUGUUUGGGUACCAACAAGGACUAACCACAAUACUUGACCUACAUACGGAGGACCCAGUGGGCGAUGACAAUGAUGCAACAGAUGGAUCAUACAACCCGGCGGAUGAUGACAGUCACCAGUCCAAUCAGCCCUCAGACGAGUCAGUCGCACUGGGAUUCAUCGAUGAAGCCAGAGCAAUAGCGGAAUCAAAUGAUCCAAUAGAGCAGGACCACACAGUCGCAGAACUGCAGCAAGAUGAGACAGAGCAGGCAGACACCGACACAGAACACUCACCAAAUUCGGACAACGAGGAAGAAAGAGGGGAUGAGGCAACAGAGGCGACUGCAGAACCAGCGCCAAGGCCAAACCUCUGGCCUAGAGUGGCCAGAACACACAACAAAUAUGGGGCCGAUGAUGGGUUUGAACCAAGCCUACACACCAGAUCAUUCUUCACAGCUGGGUACACCGAAGCCAUAUCCAGAAUAUGUGAGGAGCACAGCAUGCUGAUGUUGGUGGCUGCAGCAAUCGAACAUUACAAUAACAUUGAGGCGACCCACUCCACCAAGCAGUAUGGUGUUCGUCAAGGAAUCAAGAUCUUUGGCGAAGAAGGGGUAAAUGCGGUGUUGAAAGAACUAAAACAGUUCCACGAUAGGGGAGUCAUAUCAAUGAUCGACCCGAAGAUGAUGACCAGGGAAAUGGUACAGCAGGCCUUGCCAUAUCUGAUGUUCCUUAAGCGGAAACGGGACAACUCAGUAAAAGGGCGAGGAUGUGCAGAUGGUCAGAGACAAAGGGAAUAUAUCAACAAGGAGGAUGCAACAUCACCAACCGUGUCACUGUACGCGCUAAUACUAUCAUGUCUAAUAGACGCUAUAGAACAACGCAAUGUAGCCACCGCAGACAUACCAGGGGCCUUCCUACAAACAGAAAUGCCCGAUGAUGAGAAUGUAUACAUCCGGCUGGACAGAAUGAUGGCAGAGCUACUGUGCAGAGUUGACCCAAAGCUAUACACGAAGUAUAUUAGUGGAAAAGGUGGAAAGAAAGUGCUGUUCGGAAGGGCCAAAAAGGCCAUACACGGCACCCUUCGAGCAGCUCUGCUGUUCUGGGAGAAACUGUCAGGAAAGCUCAUUGACUGGGGUUACAAACUAAACCCAUAUGACGCAUGUACAGCCAAUAAAGUGAUAAACCAGGCACAAUGCACCAUCGUGUGGCAUGUGGAUGAUCUAAAGAUAUCGCACCGUGAUUUGAAAGUGGUAGACCAAGUAAUUAACGAUUUAAACACUGAAUUCGGGAAAACAGCCCCGCUCACAGUUACAAGGGGAAAGAUCCACGACUAUGUCGGGAUGACCAUUGACUACACAAGAGAAGGCCAAGUAACCUUCAGUAUGUUCAAUUAUCUUGAGGAGAUUCUAGAAAACCUGCCAGCAGAACUUGAUGGAUGUGAAUCAGCAACACCUGCCAGGGAUCAUCUGUUUAAAGUAAAUGAUGAAUCACCGGCGCUGAGCGAAAAGUUAAGUGAGCAAUUCCAUCACUACGUCGCAAAACUGCUAUAUAUGGCCAAGCGGGCCAGGCCGGACAUACAAACCGCAGUGGCAUUCCUGUGUACAAGAGUGAAAGGGCCCGACCAAGAUGAUCUAAAAAAGUUAAGGCGCGUUAUGUCUUAUCUCAAGGAGACUCCUUUCUUGCCACUGGUGCUCGGGUGGGAUCAAACCGGAUCCAUAUACUGGCAUGUUGAUGCAGCAUUUGCCGUACAUAAGGACAUGAGGAGCAACUCCGGGGGCUAAAUGUCACUCGGAAAGGGGGGAGUAAUAACCUCUUUGACCAAGC